AGUCCGAAGUUCCAAGAUGGAGCCGAAGGAGGCCGUGAAGGCAGCGUUGUCCCACAACAACAAGUUCAAACCUCUGCUGGUCGGCGGGGCAGCCGCCGCCGCCGCCGCGGUGGUGGCUCUUGGUGUCGGAUACAAAUACUGGCGGAAGCCGGAGACGCGUGUGCGUGUGGGCGUCGUGUCGCAGCUCCUCGUCCACCCGCUCAAGUCCGGCAAGGCGGUGUCGGUGCCGCUCGCCGAGUGCCUCACGAAGGGCCUCAAGUGCGGGCAGAUGCAGGACCGUCACUGGUUGGUGGUGACGGAGGACGGCCACAUGGUGACCGGUCGGCAGGAGCCUCGUCUGGUCCUGGUGUCUUUGACGUGCGAGGGAGGUCAAGCGUGCCUGAACGGGCCCGACAUGACCGAGAUGCGUUUCCCCAUCGGGCAGCCCGACAACGCCGUCGUGGACUGCAGAGUGUUUGGCGCUGACAUUCAAGGGCGGGACUGCGGCGACGAAGCGUCCCGUUGGUUGGUCCGCUAUCUGAAGGGGGAGAAGACCUUUCGCCUGGUGCACUUUGAACCCCACAUGAGGGCCAGGAGGGCGGUGGACGCAGAACCUCUCUUCUCUCCGAACGAGGAGGUGGUGUAUCCCGACUGCGGUCCGGUCAUGCUGCUGUCCGAGGCGUCCGUCAAGCACCUGAGCGGCAAGCUGGACAAGGACUUGACUGUGGAGCGAUUCCGGCCCAACAUCGUCAUCGGCGACUGCGAGGCGUAUGACGAAGAUUCAUGGGAAGAGAUUCAGAUUGGCAGCGUACGUCUGCGGCGAGUGAUGUCAUGCGGGAGGUGCGUUUUCACCACGGUGGACCCCGAAACUGGAAUCAUCAACAGGAAAGAGCCUCUUGAAACACUUAAGAGCUACCGGCUGUGCAAGCCCGACGAGAAGCACAUCUACAAGUCGGCGCCGCUGUUUGGACAGCUGCUAAGCGUGGAAAAGACGGGCGUGAUGCAGGUGGGCGAUGACGUCUUCAAGAUCAGCCGCUGAUGGAAAAAGCACUUAAGUAAUCACGGAAGAGCACUAAAUAUAUAUAUUUUUUAAAUCACAAGAUUAUACAUUACUGUGACUACUUCAUGAAAUAUGUCUAUUAAAGUUAAAUUGUUUAAUAUAGAGGAAAAUAAACACAUUUGCAAUA